UACUUUCAAAUCCACUCAAGCGAGAUCAUACACUGAGAAAUGGAAUAAACUUGGAUUCACGUAUAUCUCGGAGAAUGUACCUCAAAACGUUAGGCACUUGGACGCCUUAUUCCCCAUUAUGACUCUGCACUCUUACCCCCUCAUUUAAACUGGACGAGCAAGCAUAGCUUCACUCUUUCUUUGCGACAUGGAUAACUUACCGCAGGAGCUGCUCGACCAAAUACUGGUCUCUCUUCCAAUUCAGGACUUAAAAAAUUGCUUACUGGUCUCCCGCAAAUGUCGACAUGCCGCCGAGCAAUACGCAUUCAGUUCGGUAACUCUAUCACCAGAGAACGCUGAAAACGCUAUUGCUCUGUACUCAGGUCACCGUGCUUGCUACCUUCGAGAAGUCAAAUUCCAGCCAAUCCUAUCGAGCCCGGACGAUAGUAUCAGUUUGGAUUCAGCAGGAUCGCACUUGUACCGCGAAUCGGCUAGUACACUCCGGAUUCUCGACCAGGAAUACACUCGUCAAAUCGCCUUUCUUUUCAGCUUUCUUCGCACUCUUGAGAUCAAUCGGUCAGAAAAUGGAACGUCGAAUAACCUGCAUCUCACCAUAUUCCUCCCAGUUUUAGUUAUAGACCGAACGGCUCUGCCUUUGCAACGGUGCUUCGUGAGCUGGCGUAUCCAUCUACUCAAUCCCACUUCCUUGCCGUUAUUGGAUUCGAUACAGACCCUGUCGAUUGCGACACCGCCGCUGCGAUCUUUAACGACAGCUGGAGACGAUCAAGGCCUGUACUUAUCAGUUCGCAAGCUGGACUAUCGUGUACUUCUAGAUCUCGCAAGCCGACUGCCAAAUUUGACGACGCUGCGAUGCCGGAUGGGUGCAGAUGACUUGUUUGCAAACUCUUUGAGCUCUUGGUAUCCAGUAAUCUAUGAUGAACUCCGAUACGUUUGCCACGACUGGGUUGGUCCACAGCGGGAAACUCGCGCUGCAUUCUCCAAGGCACUCGAAGGAGCAGAAUUGAGGUCGUUGAGGCAUUUGAAUCUCGACUUUCUUUUUCCUCUGGGAAACAUUUACGUGAGCGACCAGCGGCUGCAAAUGCCUGAUUUGGUUGGUGCGCACAUGUGCGAUCCACUAAGCUCAAGCCUAGGGCUGUUGAGCGAUAGUCUUCGCACCAUGUGCCUGCGAGGUAUAUUCGAUCUCACGUUGUUUUGGCCAUCUGACGGAGAUACCCUUGUCUGGCCAAAUCUGGAACAUCUACAUGUCAUGUUCUACAUGGUGACACCAUCCGGUCUGUGGUACUUCGAUGGACCAAGGGAUUUUCUUGCGGAAGUGGAUAUAGAAACACAUGUCGACACAAUCGAGAUUGACCUGUACCCACCACUUGAGGACAACCUGAGAGAUCGCGAAGAGACCAUGGACAGAGAUCUCCGCCGGGCUAGAUACUUCUUCAACUACCGUAUCGAGCCUAACGAAGCGGUUCUGACUCCGUUUCUCACUGCUUUCUCCAAAGCUGCGGGGCGAAUGCCGAAGUUGAAAACGUUUGAGCUAUGGUCGCCGCUUGUUUGGGAUUUGCCAGAAUACAUUGAAUACAGUUGGGACAUCUCCUGGGUUGCUGAAGGCACAAGAGAUGAAUUAUGUGAUGCAGACAUGGCAUGGGGAGUAGCUUACGCAAGCCCGGGCGCGAGGAUGUUUCCAACUGACUCGUCCAUUCCGGUUUCUGCUACCAGGCAAUUGUGGUGGAGAACGGCUGGUUGGCGCCCGCAAGAAGAUCUGCAUCGCUUGUUCCAUUGCAUUGGAAAUGCAGGCGGCGACGAGGAAAUCAUGGACCAAUAUGAUCCAGGGAAACUGCUUCCAGCACAAGGGCGAAAAGACUUCGAGGCCGCCGCUCAACAUCUCUCAAGCCUCCAAUAACCUGCGGAUGUUGGUAUCC